CUCUCUCUCUCUUUCUCAUCUUCCUUUUGUUCCUGGUAAAGUGAAGUAUUUUGCAAUGGUAGGACAAUCAAGAAAAUGGAUGAUGCUAAUAGCAACAACAUGGGUACAGGCUUUUACGGGGACAAACUUUGACUUCUCAUCGUACUCUUCAACGUUGAAAACAGUUCUUGGGAUAUCUCAGGUGCAGCUGAAUUAUUUGUCUGUAGCUUCAGAUAUGGGGAAGGCAUUUGGUUGGUGUUCUGGGGUGUCUCUCAUGUAUUUGCCAGUGUGGGUUGUCAUGUUCAUGGCUGCUUUCUUGGGGCUUUUUGGCUAUGGUGUUCAAUGGUUUGUCAUUAAACAAGUUAUUACCCUACCUUAUUUCCUGGUAUUUCUUCUGUGUUUGGUAGCUGGUUGUAGCAUUUGUUGGUUCAACACAGUAUGCUUUGUUUUAUGCAUCCGAAAUUUCCCAACCAACAGGGCACUUGCUUUGUCCCUUACCAUCAGUUUCAAUGGUGUAAGUGCUGCACUUUACACUCUAAUUGCCAAUGCAAUAAACCCUGAUGAUGACACCCUCUAUCUCUUCUUAAAUGCACUUGUACCUCUCCUUGCAUCUAGCUUAGCUCUCAUCCCAAUCCUCCGCCAACCCCUCUUGCAGCUUCUCUCCACUGAUGCUGUUAGUCGGGACUCCUUCAUUUUCAUCCUCAAUGUUUUAGCUGUUAUCACUGGCCUAUAUCUUCUCCUUUUAAAUUCACUUUCAUCAGAAGCAUUAAGGGCACGCAUUCUUUUGGGUGCCUUAAUCCUAUUGCUCCUACCUUUGUGUUUACCUGGCAUUGUCUGUGGUAGGAACUGGGCUCGUCACAAUAUCCAUUCCAGCUUUUGUCUUGAUGGCUCAACCUUCAGCUUGGUUGACCCUGAUGACCUAGAGCUCCAUAAGGAGUUGAUUGGAAGUGAUUACAAUAAUAGCUUGAGUUUCAGUAAUUCAUUUUGUGUAACAAACAGAGAAGGGUUCUUCAAGAAGGUAAUGGAGAAAGGCAGGUUAACAGUGCUAGGUGAGGAACACCCUGCAAGAUUGCUAGUGCACCGGUGGGAUUUCUGGCUAUAUUAUGUGGCCUACUUCUGUGGAGCAAUAGGGCUGGUAUAUAGCAAUAAUCUAGGGCAGAUUGCGCAAUCACUUGGAUUCUACUCUCAGAUUAGCACGGUUGUGACUCUCUACUCCUCUUUCUCAUUCUUUGGUCGUUUGCUCUCAGCUGCCCCAGAUUUCCUGCGUGACAAAGUGUACUUUGUCAGGACUGGGUGGCUAGCAGUCGCCCUGGUGCCCACACCAUUAGCCUUCUUUUUACUUGCUGCAUCAGGUAGUGAGGUGGCAUUGCAUGCUGGCACAGCCAUGAUUGGAUUAAGCUCCGGUUUCGUAUUUUCAGCGGCAGUGUCCAUCACAUCAGAGCUAUUUGGGCCUAAUAGUGCCAGUGUCAACCACAACAUCCUCAUUACUAACAUUCCCAUCGGCUCACUCCUCUAUGGUCUCCUUGCAGCUUUAGUAUAUGAUUCCAAUGUGAAAAGUUCCUCCCAGGAAAACUCGUUAGGGGAAGCAAUGGUGUGCAUGGGUAGGGACUGCUAUCAGAAGACAUUCAUAUACUGGGGUUGCAUUUCCUUGUUAGGCCUAAUCUCAAGCUUUCUGCUUUUCUUAAGAACCAAGCCUGCUUAUGACCACUUUGAAAGGAAUAGAAGUCGAGCACAGUAUUCAUAGACUAUAAACUAAAUUCCCCUUUCCCCUCUCUCUAUUUUCCUUUCAUAGGAUCUCCUAUUUGCUAUACACUUGAAAGGGUAUAAGGAUUCCCAAGAAAAUUGGGAAAAGCAGAAGUGACAAAUGAUUCAUUGAAUCAUAUAUACAACAAACAGAAUGUCUGUCCCCCUCAGACCAGGGGGACAAAUGUUUCUAAGGAACUACAGAAUGGUAAGGCAAAAAAAUGGUUAGAAUUUGAUAUUGUUAUGACUUGUGGAUUGUAAAUUUAAAGGGAGACUACAAUUUAGCUAGUUUCAACUGGUCAUGGCUGAAGCAUUGGCUAUUACCAUUAUCUUGUUGCUCAAUUGACACAUCUAAUCUACAGAAAGUUGC